AUGAAAAUUAAUCUUAAAAUAUUCGUAUUUUUUCUAUUAUUUACAACAUCAAUAUUUGCACAAUUAUACCAGUCAAAUUAUGGCCCGUAUCAGCAGCAAGGAAUUCCUUUCAGGGAAAACAAUUUUUUAGGUUCACGGCCUAUAUUGCGUGAGUAUGAUUUUAUCGUCGUUGGAGCUGGUACUGGAGGCUGUGUUGUCGCAAAUCGUUUAUCUGAAAAUCCAAAUUGGUCAGUACUAGUACUAGAAGCAGGAAAAGACGAAACCGUGUACACAGAUGUACCGGCAGUAGCAUCGUUUUUAGAAUCAUCGGAGUACAGUUGGGGAUACACCGCAGAGCCAGUUAAAAAUGGUUGUUUUGGUUUUAAAAAUAAUCGCUGUCCUUGGCCAAAAGGAAAAGGCAUGGGUGGAUCAUCGAUAAUAAAUGAUAUGUAUUACCAGAGAGGGAAAAGAGAAGAUUAUGAUAUAAUUGCAGGGCUGGGAAAUGAUGGCUGGGCGUACAGUGAUGUAUUGCCUUAUUUUUUGAAAUCUGAAAACAAUUCUAUACCGGAAUAUCAAAAUUCACCGUUUCAUUCACAAAAAGGAAAUCUACACGUCGAAAGAGUUAGAUAUCAUUCACCGCUCGUUGAUAAAUUUAUAGAAGCCGGUGGCGAAUUAGGACUAAAAGUAAAUAUCGAUUAUACAGUUAACCCAGAGUAUGGAGCAUCGCGUUUACAAGCCACGACAAUAAAUGGACGCAGAGUGAGUGCUUCUAAAGCCUUUGUCCGUCCAGUCAAAGAUCGUCAAAAUCUCCAUGUGGCGAUAUUCAGCCAAGUAACAAAAAUACUUAUUAAUCCAAAAACUAAAUUAGCAACCGGAGUAGAAUUCAUAAAAAGAGACAAAAAUAGAACAGUAUAUGCUAAAAAAGAGAUUAUUUUGGCUGCUGGGCCAAUAAAUUCACCUCAAUUACUAAUGUUAUCAGGAAUUGGACCAAAAGACCACUUAAAAAAUCAUAGAAUACCAGUAAUUCAAGAUUUACAGGUGGGACAACAUUUACAAGAUCACUAUGGAACAGUUGCUUUGGAAUUCAUAGUAAAUCAAACAAGCCCAGUAAUCAAUCAACAAUCCAUAUCUGAUCCUCGUUUAUUUGAAGAAUGGUUUAAGUAUGGCCAAGGACCACUUACAGUACCAAGGGGAGUGGACGGCUUAGCUUAUGUAAGGGCACCUUCAGGUAGAGGACUUGAAUUAAUUUUUGGUCCUCUGUCAGAUAAACCAAACGUAUUUAUAAUGACUACUGUGUUGUUACAACCAGACGCUCGCGGAAGCGUAACUUUGAAAAACAGUAACCCACUGAAUCCACCCAUUAUGUCUUAUAAUUAUUAUGACAGCAAUACUGAUCUAGAAGACAAUAUUUAUGCUCUUAAAUAUGCAGUGAAGUUAGUAGAGGAAACACAGGCGUUUAAAGAUGUCGCCGCUAAACUGGAUCCUGUACCAUAUCCGAAAUGUGAUCAUUUACCAUUUCGAUCCGAUGAUUAUUGGGCUUGUUUAUCAAAACAUUUGACGCACACUUAUCAUCACCAAUGCGGUACAUGCCGGAUGGGAGACGUCGUCAACAACAAACUACAAGUAUUUGGAGUUCGAGGGCUAAGAGUAGUGGACUCAUCAAUAUUUCCACAUAUACCCCACGCACAUCUUUAUGCCCCGACUUUAAUGGUUGGGGAAAAGGGAGCCGAUAUGAUUCGAACUCAUUGGUCAAAGUGA